CCCUGCCUCUCUCCACUGUCCCUGGAGCUCCCUGAGCCCUUCUCUGGGCCUCAGGACCUCACUCACCAUCCUGUCUGCCCUGCAGGAUGCCACAGCUGAGCCUGUCCUCACUGGGCCUUGGGCCAGUGGCAGCAUCCCCCUGGCUGCUCCUGCUGCUGGUCGGGGCCUCCUGGCUCCUGGCCCGCAUCCUGGCCUGGACCUACACCUUCUAUGACAACUGCCGCCGCCUCCGGUGUUUCCCGCAACCCCCGAAACGGAAUUGGUUAUUGGGUCACCUGGGCCUGGUCACCCCCACGGAGCAGGGCAUGAGGGUCCUGACUCAGCUGGUGGCCACCUACCCCCAGGGCUUUAAGGUCUGGAUGGGCCCCAUCUUCCCCGUCAUCCGUUUUUGCCACCCCAACAUCAUCCGGUCUGUCAUCAAUGCCUCAGCUGCCAUUGCACCAAAGGACAAGGUCUUCUACAGCUUUCUGGAGCCCUGGCUGGGGGAUGGGCUCCUGCUGAGUGCUGGUGACAAGUGGAGCCGCCACCGUCGGAUGCUGACGCCCGCCUUCCAUUUCAACAUCCUGAAGCCCUACAUGAAGAUUUUCAAUGAGAGUGUGAACAUCAUGCAUGCCAAGUGGCAGCUCCUGGCCUCAGAGGGUAGUGCCCGUCUGGACAUGUUUGAGCACAUCAGCCUCAUGACCUUGGACAGUCUGCAGAAAUGUGUCUUCAGCUUUGACAGCCAUUGCCAGGAGAAGCCCAGUGAAUAUAUUGCCGCCAUCUUGGAGCUCAGUGCCCUUGUGACAAAAAGACACCAGCAGAUCCUCCUGUACAUAGACUUCCUGUAUUAUCUCACCCAUGAUGGGCAGCGUUUCCGCAGGGCCUGCCGCCUGGUGCAUGACUUCACAGAUGCCGUCAUCCAGGAGCGGCGCCGCACCCUCCCUAGCCAGGGUGUUGAUGACUUCCUUCAAGCCAAGGCCAAAUCCAAGACUUUGGACUUCAUUGAUGUGCUCCUGCUGAGCAAGGAUGAAGAUGGGAGGAAGUUGUCUGAUGAGGACAUAAGAGCAGAAGCUGACACCUUUAUGUUUGAGGGCCAUGACACCACGGCCAGUGGUCUCUCCUGGGUCCUGUACCACCUUGCAAAGCACCCGGAAUACCAGGAGCGCUGUCGGCAGGAGGUGCAAGAGCUUCUGAAGGACCGUAAGCCUAAAGAGAUUGAAUGGGAUGACUUGGCCCAGCUGCCCUUCCUGACCAUGUGCAUUAAGGAGAGCCUGCGGCUGCAUCCCCCAGUCCCUGCCGUCUCUCGCUGCUGCACCCAAGACAUUGUGCUCCCAGACGGCCGGGUCAUCCCCAAAGGCGUUAUCUGCCUCAUCAGUGUUUUUGGAACCCAUCACAACCCAGCUGUGUGGCCGGACCCUGAGGUCUAUGACCCCUUUCGCUUUGACCCAAAGAACAUCAAGGAGAGGUCAUCUCUGGCUUUUAUUCCCUUCUCAGCAGGGCCCAGGAAUUGCAUCGGGCAGGCCUUCGCUAUGGCCGAGAUGAAGGUGGUCCUGGGGCUCACGCUGCUGCGCUUCCGCGUCCUGCCUGACCACACCGAGCCCCGCAGGAAGCCGGAGCUGGUCCUGCGCGCAGAGGGCGGACUUUGGCUGCGUGUGGAGACCCUGAGCUGAAUUCUGCAGAGACCCACUCUGACCCCACUAAAAUGACCCCUGAUUCAUUAAAAGUGAAGCCUAGAAUUACCCUAAGACCCUGUUCCACAGUCCUGUAUUCCAUCCUAGAUAUCUACUCAAAAUAAUUGAGACAAGUGUUCAAACAAAAAGACGCUUGUGCGUGAAUAUUCAUGGCAGCCCUAUUCACAGUAGCCAAACGAUGAAAACAACCCCAAGGUAUAUAUUAGCAGAUGAAAGGAUAAACAAAAUGUGAUCCAUCCAUGCAAUGGAAUAUUACACAGCCAUAAAAAGGAAUGAAGCAGUGAUCCCUACUACACUGUGGAUGAACCUUGAGUACAUGAUACUGAAUGAAAGAUGUCAGAUGCAAAAGGUCACAUAGUGUACGGUCCUUUUAUAUGAAAUUUCCAGAACAGGCCAAUCUGAAGAGAUGUAUAGCAGAUUGGUGGCUUUCAGCAGCUGUGGGGAGGUGGGACUGAGGAGCGACUGCUAAUCAGGAUGGGGUUUCCUCCCGGGAUGGUGAAAAUGUUCCAGACCUAGAUAGUGACGAAGGCAGAAUGACAUUGUGAGUGCACUAAAUGUUAUUGAAUUGGACACUUUAGAAUGGUUGAAAUGGUGAUUUUUAUGUGAAUUCUACCUAAACAUGCUAUUACAGCUCGUAUAUACUUUUUCCAUCUUGAUUCUUCACAAAGGAAUAUGUUGUGAGCAUCUUUCCAUGACAUUAAAUCAUCUUAGGAAACAUUAUUUUGUGUUCUUCAAAAUGUGCAUGUUAAGUAUUCAAAUCAGUCUUAAAUUUUUAAAAAGAUAUAAUUUUAGAAAAUAAUUUAAAAGGGUUUGUCUCAGUUUGUAAGAUUUCUUUUCAUGCACUUUAAUGGCUUGAGGUAUCAUUAUCAGUUACAAAUCGCGUUAUUCUUCAUCAAAUGACUUUUGGAGUAGAGAUUUUAUUUUUAUAGCAAUAGAUGCACAAAUAUUCCUGUAAGAUACAGGUGUGGUUAGACACUUUUCUAUAACAGGUAUGCCCUGCAAACUCCACAGACACUGACUGUUUUGGUCCUAUUAACAAGUAGACCACUGAGAAGGGAGAAGGUGACGUUUUACCUUUCCCAGGUAAAAGUGGUUUUCAUCCUCACACCAAUUUUAUGGACUGGACGUUAACUGUCUUGCUCAAGGUCACUCUGUGAGUGGAAGAGUGGGGACAAAUCUGGUUCGUUUGGCAUCAGAGGUCAUGACUUCUCCUACCACAGAAGUAAUUUUCAAAAUAAGUCUCUGCCCUAGACACAUCAGAUCAUCUGGGGACCACUCCAGAGUGAGUAGACGAGACUUUGAUAGGGGUGCCUAAUUUUUUUUUUUUUUUCUGAGAUGGAGUCUCGCUCUGUUGCCCAGGCUGGAGUGCAGUGGCAUGAUCUCGGUUCAUUGCAACCUCCGCCUCCUGGGUUCAAGUGAUUUGUCUCUGAAUCUCCUAAGUCUGCACCAAGAUAUGGCGCCUGACAUCCUCCCCGCCCAUGUUUAGAGACGAGCCCAGAUGAUCUGGGAUAUGGGUUGGCCUGGCCCAGCUCAGCUGGCUGUGAACUGUCAUAAGUAUACGCUUUUAUCUGAACACCCUUGCCUUGGAAGGGCAGGGUGGAGGUAAACUUGGGGCUCAGAGUCCCCUCUAACCACCUCCCAACUUCCCCUGCAAACUCCCAAGAAGGUACUGAGACCUGAGAAUUCAGUGCUCGUGCUGGGGCACCCUGAGCCACACCCAGCUGGCCCAAUCCCAGGUUUUAGCUGGCUGCUCAGGCACGGAAGACACACCCAGGCUGUGGGGAUUGGCUGCCUCAGCCCAGCCCAGCCCAGCCCAGCCUCCUAUGUUCUUCCCUAGAUCAGGGGCCAGGGUCAAAGACCUCCCAGCAGAAAAGGAGAAGAGGUUGUGUGGGACAAGCUGCUCCUGACAGAAGGUGCCAGGCUGGGAGUGCCAGGGCUGGAGGGUCCUGGCCUGGGAUGGGGAAAGGCACUGCCCAAGGCUGUGGUGGCUUCAAGCUGCUGGCCUGGGACAGUGGUGGUUUCCUGGUAACAGGACUGCUAACAAACUCCCAAGGAUUCAGGUUGGGCCUUUCUGGACUCUAAUCAGACCCUCUCUCUUUCCCUUUCUUCCAAUUCAUGAAUAUAGUACACCCCUGUAUAUUUGUUUUCUUGAAUUUCUUUUAUCAUUGUUUUGUAGUUUUCACCAUGACAAUUCUGCACAUAUUUUGUUAAAUGUACAGCUGAGAAUUUAAUUUUUUCUGGUGUAC